UUUUUUACUAAUAGGAAAGGCAGAUCCUUCAAUCACGCUCUCGGCAUAUUCUGAUUAAUGACUUUUUCGCGAAAAAUCGGUAUCUAAUGUACAUUAUGGAUGCUUCUCAAACAUGAGUGUUAACUAAAAACUUUCUUACGCUUCUCUACGACUUGAUUCAUUUACCUUUGGAAUAGAGAAUAUAUGUAUAUCUAAAUACAUGCAUACUUGUACAAAUGUAUAAGUAUAUAGAGAGAGAUGAAGAAAGAGUACGAAAGGGGCACGUGUAGCAUAAAUUUUUCUAUUUUUUUUCUAUAUUUACAAUAGUUCGUAGUGGAACAUCGGACACAUUCCUCAACAGUCACAACAAUUGGGGGAAACAGUGAAUAUUAUUUUCAAAUAUUGCUACGUUUAGUGAAAUUUAAUUAAAUUAGACAAAUUUUUAGUGAAUGUUCUUAAAAAAAUACGAAUUUUUCCAAAACGGUAAAAAUGUUGACACAAUUCUGUUGCUUGCGUUUGGAAACCACUGCAAAAAUUAUCGGUUGGUUGGGAAGCUUUGUAACUAUCGUUGUAAUUAUCAUUUGCGCAGAGUUGUUAAGAAAUGCGCGUGCUCUUGUUGGAACUUUGACGAGAAGAGGCUAUCAUUUUGACGAUCCGGAGGGCGCUGGAACUGUACUGAUUAUAAUACUUGCUGUCGGUAUUGUUGUUCUUUUCAUCAAUGCAUUUGCAAAUGCUGGUUUGGUGUUCGGCACAAUCAAGAAACAUCACAAGUUGAUCCUGCCCUGGUUGAUCAUCACCGCUAUAGGAACUGUGCUUAGCUUAGUGGCUCUAAUUAUUUAUGGGUUUUAUAGUACCAUUUUCGGAGUUGUCUUUAUUACAUAUCUCUGGAUUGUCAUGUAUUCACUAUACAGCAAAAUCAAGACGGAAAACGAGCAACGUUCCUUUAAACGCGGUGCUAGAUCUAUUGCUAGGCAAAUUGCGUAAAAAAUAUAUUAAAUAUUGCAUACACACUGUUUACAUGUAUAAAUUUAUAUGCAUAUUUAGUUUUAUACAUGUAAUAACAGUAAUAAUUAGCAUUUACAAAAGGACUUUGCCUCAUACAAAUCUUCGCUGCCAUUAAUUAACCAUUUUUUAUACACUAGGGUGGCUAAAAAAAAUUAAAUAUUACUUUUACUUAUACUUAUAUUAUCACAGAGAUCUAAAGCAGUAAAUUUUCUACAAAUCUAUGCGUUUUUAGAAUUAUAAUAUUUUAUUUUUUUAACUAUAAAAUUCGUAAGAUACAAAAUUUGCCUUAAAUUAAUCAAUUUUUAAACGUUAACACCUUUUAAACGGUUAGGUUUACGAAAACAUUUUUUAAGACCUCUUUCAAAAAGCAUUCAAUUUCCUACAAGUUCUAUGAAACAAAAUAUUUUUUCAAGUAGUUGGAAACAAGAUAUGAAUCUUCCAUCUAAUAAUAAGAAAAAAAUAGAAAACUAUAAGGCGAAGGAACUUCCCGUUACAAUUAAGAGCUCAUACCUGGAGAGGCUUUUUAGAAGUGUCUAAGAAGCUGCUUUUCAGAGUGCUUCAAGUGUUUAAGAACCUGUUUUUCAGAGUACCAGCAAAAAAAAUAUUAGUUUUUGGACCCACCUUAAUAUAUACACUUACAUAUGUACAUGUAUAUUUAGCUCGGAAGUUAUUUAUAAUUUCUUAAUGAAUUUUCCAAUGAUUAGAGUAUGUUAUGCAUUGCUUAUAAUUAUCAAUACAAGCGCCAACUAGUGUUGAUUGUAACGCAAGCGAGUAAUUAAACGUCGCGUGUUUGUAUAAAUAUGUACUUAAUUUUAUACAUAUGUACAUAUGUAUGUAUGUAU